AUGGCGUCUUUAGGCGGUUCAACAUCAGUCCCACCGACUUCAGAACACAACGAGCAUGACCACGCCCAUAGCCACAUCCAUCCCCACCAUCAUGAGCACCCCCCUCCCGCCCCCGAGGAUGCCUGGAAAACGACAGGUGUCCGCGUCGUCCCAGCCUCGAGCCUCGAGCCCGUCGACGGCGCACACACGACACCCGGCAUGGACCGCAGCGCCGCGAUCAACACUUCGCGCGUCGGCGCCCAGAAGCUGUGGGCCGGCACCGUGCACAUCCACGCCGGCGCAAAGACAGGCGCGCACCACCACGGGCACCUGGAGUCUGUCAUCUACGUGCUGAGAGGGCGCGCGCGCAUGCGGUGGGGCGAGAAGCUCGAGUUCACUGCAGAGGCUGGGCCGGGGGAUUUCAUCUUCGUGCCUCCGUAUGUGCCGCAUCAGGAGAUCAAUGCCAGUGAUGAGGAGAUGCUCGAGUGUGUGCUUAUGCGUAGCGACAGCGAGGCUGUGGCUAUCAAUCUGCCUGCGUUGGAGGCCGUGGAGAAACCGGAGAGCGUCAAAUGGAUUGACCCUACGCAUCCCGAUGGGGCGGGGGCGUGA